GGGGGAUGCGGGGUAUGGGCGCCCCGCUCUGCGUCCCCGGGGAGUCCCAUGGGAGGAGGGCUUGUGAGCUGGGAAGGACUGUGAAGAGUACACGAGGCAGGGGUCAGGAUGGACCGGAGAGGAGGGCACUUGGAGGUGGGGAGACCUGUGAGGAGAAGCUGCAGCCACCAAGGUGUGAGGUGCUGUGGGCUUGGCCCUGGGGCAGGAGUACAGAUGGAGAGCAGAGGACAUGAGGCAGGCUCUGAAGAUGACCUCUAGGUUUCUCGGGUGAAUGACCAGAAAAUAAAGCAAAUGGAAGGUUGGGAGGGGCCAGCCGUUCAGAGGCAGGAGCAAGGAGGGGGAGGAUUUGGGUUUGCGCCAUGUUGAUAGUGGUUCAAAAUGCUUUUUUCUGGUUGUUUCUUUUUUGUUUACUUUUGAAGGGAAAGCAGUAUUCGCUCACGGUUUUGUAUCCAAAGGUUCAGUGGCUCUUUGGGGGUGAACUUUAAUGGAGGGUCCUCAGGAGCAGAGAGAAUUACUACCGAUUGAUGACUUUUUCUGGUUAUUUUUAAGGUUCCAGCCAUCCCUGUUCAGGCUGGAAUUUCCAGGAACUGGCUGCUGCCCAGAGCCAGUUGGCCCCUCCCAGGUUCCCACUCCCUGCAGGGUGGGGCCCACGGGUGGAGGCCCCUAGGGUGGAGUCGGGUGGGUCUGUAGCGAUAGGGAGGGCAGCAGGCAGAGGCAGAUGAGAGGCGUGUGGCCUCACGCAGCCCUCUGGAUUUGAUUAUGUAACGCUUCACAGAAGAGAAUUGUGAGGGCUUAUUCGAGGCCUGGUGAGAUACGUACACAGCAGGAUUAGACAUUAUGGGUAUUUUUCAAUUUAUCUUGGGUUGCUUGCCCUUAAAACUAAGACACAAAAUUGUGAGAGAGCAUAAAGAAGGAGAACAAGGUGGAACCCUGGUAGGGAAAUGAUUUGAGUUUGUUAUAAUUUCUUUGAGAAGGGUGUGGGGUGUUGCCAACCAAGUGGCCUUGAACUUGAGAUUCGACGUAAAAGUGAAUGUGGGUUUUGCCAGCCCCCACCCCUGCUUUGCUGGGCCUCAGUGAGAAACACGUAGGGAUUUUGCUUGGUUGUUACCUUUGCACCUGUCCUUAUUUACAUGCAAAAUCAAUUGCUUCACUUGGUCUUUCAGAAGUACAGGGUGUGGGCAGAAUCUUAUCUGAAGCCAUGUCCUGUUUGGACAAGUUGGACUGCCUUGGCAGCUCUCCAUAGGGUGGAGCAGAUGGGUGGAGGCAGGAAAGUAAAAUUGGGUGGCUUGUUAGCAGAGAGAGGAGAGAGGGCGGAUUGUUUGCUCACUGGAUCAUUAUAUUUCAUCUGAAACGAAAUAAUUAACUUCUUUCCCACUUACAAUACACGUUCAUGCAAAAUAACCCAUGAGGGGCAAGAUUUAGAGAUACUCCGUGGAGUUUUUUUCCUUUCAAGGCAGCCAUAGAAGACAGAGGCAGGUGAAAAUUGUGGAGUGGUAUGAAAAGGACGCACUUCCAGGCCCAACACCAGAGCACCCUAGAAGGUUUAACUGAAAGAAUGCUCAUGUUUGACCCAGUCCCUGUCAAGCAAGAGGCCAUGGACCCUGUCUCAGUGUCCUACCCAUCUAAUUACAUGGAAUCAAUGAAGCCCAACAAGUACGGGGUUAUUUACUCUACACCGUUACCUGAUAAGUUCUUUCAAACCCCGGAAGGCCUGCCCGGAAUACAGAUGGAGCCGGUGGACCUCACAGUGAACAAGCGGAGUUCACCGCCUUCGGCUGGUAAUUCUCCGUCCUCACUGAAGUUCCCGUCCUCACACCGGAGAGCCUCUCCUGGCUUAAGCAUGCCUUCUUCUAGCCCGCCGAUGAAAAAGUACUCGCCCCCUUCUCCAGGCGUGCAGCCCUUCGGCGUGCCGCUGUCCAUGCCGCCAGUGAUGGCAGCUGCCCUCUCCCGGCAUGGCAUACGGAGCCCGGGGAUCCUGCCCGUCAUACAGCCCGUGGUGGUGCAGCCCGUCCCCUUCAUGUACACGAGCCACCUCCAGCAGCCUCUCAUGGUCUCCCUGUCGGAGGAGAUGGAAAACUCCAACAGUAGCAUGCAAGUACCUGUAAUUGAAUCCUAUGAGAAGCCUAUAUUACAGAAAAAAAUUAAAAUAGAACCUGGGAUCGAACCACAGAGGACAGAUUAUUAUCCUGAAGAAAUGUCACCCCCCUUAAUGAACUCAGUGUCCCCCCCGCAAGCAUUGUUGCAAGAGAAUCAUCCUUCAGUCAUAGUGCAGCCUGGGAAGAGACCGUUGCCUGUGGAGUCCCCGGAUACCCAGAGGAAGCGGAGGAUACACAGAUGUGAUUAUGACGGAUGCAACAAAGUGUACACUAAAAGCUCCCACUUGAAAGCACACAGAAGAACACACACAGGAGAAAAGCCCUACAAAUGUACAUGGGAAGGAUGCACGUGGAAGUUUGCUCGGUCUGAUGAGCUAACAAGACAUUUCCGAAAACAUACUGGAAUCAAACCUUUCCAGUGUCCGGACUGUGACCGCAGCUUCUCCCGUUCUGACCACCUUGCCCUGCACAGGAAACGCCACAUGCUGGUCUGAGUGCCUCUGUCUCCAGCCUCAGCACGACUCCCCACUCACCUGGCUCUCUCUCCUCCCUCCCACUGUCCAACACAGUUUUUACAUGUACAUUUUAAUUUUGAUUCAGCUGGUCUGAAUCUAUGAGUUUAUAUCAUUCGAAACUUCCAUAUGGUCAGUAGUAGAUAUUCUCUAAUCCUCCCUCUCCUUACCACGGGUCAGACCUAAAGAAUGUGAACACUUUUUUUUUUUCGGGGAUGCUAAGCAAACCCUUCUUGUAGAUACGUUUAAUGUAAUGAGAACAAGGGAACAUGUAAGUUAACAUAACCAGUUGUUGCUUUCUCCAUGUAUUCCUCAAAAGAAUGUCAAAGUAAAUGUAUUAGAAAUACAGUAUCCAGCCUGCUAGUCCUUGCCAGAGACAUUCAUACCUCUGUGCCCUGUGAUCACAUCUUAUUCUUGACGGCGGAAAGAAGGGUGGUCUCCUUCCCCUGUUAGCUAGAAGUACAGCAAGAUUUCAAGCUAGUACAGUCAGUUUUUCCAUCGUCCUUCACAAAUCUUGCUUGUCAGCCUGGAUUUAUCACUUCAUCUGAAUCCAGUUCCUUCCCUCCUUCGUGCCUGCAGCUCCUGUGGAGGAGUUUGCCAUCGCUGGGAGAUGAGCCAGAGCUUUGGUUUAGGUGGGUGACGCGUCCCAGUUCAAGGGAUGGAUGCUGUGCUCUCCUAGCCGGGAGCAGGAGCAGGGGGCCAUUGAGCUGGGGGGGCCGGCGAGGCAGAGGAGGAGGCCACCCUUUCCUCCCGGGCUAGGGGUUGGUAAGAUUUCAACGUUUGGUUAGCUGUGCCGUGCAUUCCCAGAGCUUCGCUCUCUGUGCGUGCUUGGCUGUGCGGAACCAUGCAUAAAGCCAAAUGCCGAUGGGGUCAUCCUUGCAACUAUCUCCAUUCCUACAGUGUCUUUAAUAGGAGAUUAUCAAGCGUUGAUAGUAGGGACUCCAUGAAAAUAUUUGCCUAGUAACAGUAAAAAAUCUUUCAGGUAAGAGUACGGAUGGUCUUUCUUUUACCUAAACCUGCAUACAGCUUUUUUGUAAACAGGAAGUGUUGAGUGGUACUUGUAUUCCCAUAUCAAAUUAAUCACAUAGCUUUUAUACAGAAAGUCUUCUGUGUGAGCUGUAAGGUGCCAAAUUGGCUGUCAUUUGUGUUCAUGACACAGAUCAUAAAGAAGCAUCUGCUAAUGCUUUAGUAGAUUCAUUGAAUUAAGCCCAGAGUGACACUAUUUGUAAAUAUGAUUAGUUGUGAAGCACACAUACCUUUAUUUUGGGGAUUUCUGAAAAACGCAGAAAACCAGAGAUCAGGGAUUCACAUAUAUAGCUCAAAAAUUCCCAGAAGUUUACUGUUAGAGCUGGCAAUUUCCUAUCACUGUCAAGUAUCAGAACAAACUGAAAAUAAUGACUCAUGUUUAUGUUGAAGAUAAUUGGAGCAAGGUCUUCAAAAGCAGGCUUUUGAGCACCAUAGUUGAUGCCAAUAAAAAUGAUUCAUGCAUAGAAAUGCCGUUGGUCCUGAAUUUGCAGAAAGUGGGCAACAGUGGUUAAAUGUAGGUGCAGAUAACCAAAUUGCCCCUUCACCCUCCUUAAUGAAUCGAGAAGAGAAAAGAAUGGAAUCCCGAACAUUCAUCCCAGCCACAACUCAGGAUCCAACACAACCUUAACUGGGAGGAAUACAUUGUUUAAGCAUUUUUAAAACAUCAGUGAAUGGGUGAUUCUAGAGGCCUGUGAAUUUUGUGGGGAGCUUACUUUGAUGGCGCUACAUCAAUAAAAAUUGUGGGGACUGUGUACCUGAAGGGUCCCACUCAGCCCUGUGAACCAACUGAAAGGAAAUGUAGUUGAGAAAUUUGUUGUCUUGGCACUUGGUUUUGACUUUCUUUCUUCUUUUCUUUUUUUUUUUUUUUUUUUUUUUUAAGCACUGCAAAAUUUGUUUAGAACAUGAAAACUUCCUAAUUGGGCUUUUUUCUUUUUUGCAACUAAGACAUGAAUUGAGGGAUAAAAAUGGCUCUUUGAAAAGUAGAUAUUGUCUGUAUUGUAAAUGCUUAAUCACAUUCAUGCCAAAGUGUUCAUUUCUUGAAAUGGUUCUUCCACGACACACACAAUCAAAAUGGAAUGCAAGGAACUUUUUUGUUAUGGUGGAAAUAACUAGUUUAUGUGUGUUCCAACCCAUAUGGGGUGGCUGAAGGGGACAAGAAAGGAUAGAAUUGAUCUUUGAAUCAGCUUUGAGUCUGAGUUUAGUUCAUAUGAAGCUUCAAGAGUUCUCAUGAAAUUUGAUGCAUUUGCUAUGGCAUAUUUAAAUUUUGUUCAAAAGAUCAAGCAAGACCCUGCAAAGACUGUUACAUAUUGCACUUACACAUUGCUAAGACUCUUGCUUAGAUUAUGUUAACAGUUCAUUAACAAAGAUCCAUUUCAACUCUGGAAAAACAGCCCAUGGAGGCCAUUCUCUGUUCCCAUGCUGGUCAAUAUACUUUUGUUACCAAUUGGCCAUCACCAAAUUCUUAUAUAUAUAUAUUUGUAUUUUACUAUGAUAGUUGAGAAAUUUAGUCUCUUAGUCAUUUUUAGCUGUUAUUGUGGAAGACCUCAAAUACAAGAUAAGAUGUCCUUGAGCGUGUGGUUUUAAUGAUGUCACCAUUAGGGGUGAUUUUAAUUGCAGUGUUUUACGUUGGUGAGGAUGGUACGUAAACAUGAAGUUGGUGUCAUGUAAAUUUUGUUUGCUUUAGAGUUUCUUUAGUUAGUGCCCCGAAUGUCAUCUUGGAGAAGUCAGAAUUAGAUCAGAAUCCAUCAUAUUUUAGAGUUUUAGAAUGUGAAUCUACGUUAUAAAUGGGCAUUAACAUUCUAAAUCACUCGGUUUGGAGAAUGUGUUAGCAGCAUGACUAUGUUCAACUAAGGAGAUGCUAAAUACACAGAAUCUGUUUCAAGAGCCUUGCGCAGAAUUACAGGGGAACUAUAUAUGUAUAUGUAUAUUUUAUUAAACACCCAUCUGCACUAUCAGUAUUGCACUAAUGUGGAAUUUGGAAAAUUAUAUCGCUGAUACUAUAUAUCUGCACCUCAUUCCUGAUUAGAUUGUUUUAAAGACAAUCUUAAAGAUCUAUGGUUUUAAAAUAAUUUGGUUUGAAAAUAUAGUUGUCUUGAAGGAAUUGCUGUCAUACAUGAAGUUGCUCAGAGUUGUCUUUAUUCUCUUGGUCAAGAUUAAUUUCUAAGUGAUUGCAAAUUCACCUAAAUAAUACAUUUACAAAGCCAUUUUACAUGCAUUAAACGAGGGCUACAACAAUAUUGUUUUACAAAUACUAGCACUUUUUUUUCCUGUUAUGUACUUAGUGUUAGAGGGUCAAAAUAAUCUUUCUGCUUAGCAUCUCUUAAACCAUACCUGCAAGUAUAGCAGGAUUAUUACAUUUACAGUACUUUAAUACUUGUAUAAACUAUGCAGAAAUUUUUAAUAAAGUGUAAUAUAUUUUAUAAGCUAAUAAGACUGAAUGGGUAAAGGUUUUUAGCAUGCAUUAGUAUACUUGCAAAUACUGAGACAUUUUGGUAAUCUUUCUUACUAAAGAUGUGAAUGUUUAAUGUACCUUCUCUGUUUCUACUCUGUAGUCCAAUGGGAAUUCAGUAAUGACAUUUUGUCAUGUCAAACUGUGAACAUAAAUUUGUACUGUACAGUCCUCAUAUACUAUAUACAGUAUGCAAUAUAUGUAUUAUAUACUUGUUAAUAAAACCAUCAGAAUAUU